AUGGCCGAGGCGAAAGAGCGCCGGACGUGCGAUCGUAAGGCAACAUGGUCGAGGCGAAAGAGCGCCGGACUUGCGAUCGUAUGGCAACAUGAUCGAGGCGAAAGAGCGCCGGACUUGCGAUCGUAUGGCAACAUUGCCGAGGCAAUAGAGCGUCAAUUAUGCUCGGACAAUACAGAUGUAGGAAACGUUGGCAGAAUGGAGAACUUCGAUGAUGGUGGACCGGAAGGAAUGACCGAUGCUGCGUUUGUGGUAAUAAGCGAUGAAAUUACUUGUUGUGGAUUGCUGGACGAGUUUGAAGCAUAUGUGGAAUUUAAUACUGCGGAGUUCCACUACCAAAUAUGGCGGCCAUCGGGCAGUGGUUACACUCUCAUUGGCGACUGGUCGCAAACCUGCAAUAACGGAGAAUGCGACUACAAUCUCCCAAAUAGCGCCGAAAUUACCGUUCACCCAGGCGAUUUGUUCGGAUGGUACACUCCUGGUGCAGAUACAAUGAAGUAUGAUACGCGUGGCGGAGGAGCUGGCGAAAAUUAUAUAGUACUCUCCAUACCGUCUCUCACUAACGGAACUGCAGUUAAUUGGUCAAACUCAGGGACCCUUCUUAACUCCCGGGAAUACCCUUUUGGCGUCCGCCUCGACAGAAAUAAUAAGCCAUUUUUUAACGAUCUUAACAACGAUGAAAGCACACAGACCACCAUUAUAGAGACUGUUGCCGUGAGCACCUCUAUAUGGAGGGUGGAGCCAGAUGACAAUGAUGUCAGUGAUCCUCCCUUUCUCACCGUUGUCAUGGCAGCAAACACGUAUUUUACCUACGACCCCACAACAAACAAUGUAAACGUCGCAGCUUCGUUGGUUAACAUCCCCUCGCCACAGACGUUGUUCUUUACGGUGACGGACCAGUGUGGUAACGAGGAAACUCGCAGGCUGACAGUCAACAUACUGAACAUUCCUCCCGUUAUUCAAAACUUGCCCAACGCAACAACAAUUCACGAGAACACAAAUGACGUCACGUAUUUAUACACUGUUGACGUCAUCGAUACUGACGUGGUCACGUGUGUCAUACAGAGCGUUAACCCUCCAACUACAGCAACUGCAUUCAGCUUAUCCCAGUCAGGCGGAAGCUCACAAUAUUGGGACCUGGCAACAACUGCUAACUGCUAUUUCGACUACAAGUCGUCGACAAACCAUCAGCUGACGAUACGGUGUACGGAUACGGACGGGGAUAAGGACGAUGAAACAUUUACCGUCAGUCUGACUCCAAACCAACCUCCAGAAAUACAUAAUCUAAACAACUCCACGGAUCUCCACGAAGACGUUGACGUCGAGACGUUCCUAUAUCAGUUAAACGUCACUGACGGUGACAGUCCUUCCAUUGAUUGCUACUUCACGAACCCGUCGUCAAAGUUCCGUUUACGUCAAGUGACCGGAGGCACAGCCUGGGGAAUAUAUACCAUCGCCGGCACAAGUUUUGACUACAACGCCCAGAACGCGUACCCUCUCGACGUUACCUGUACGGACGAACGCGACACGGAUACGGGACGUUACACCGUGUAUCUGAUACGUAACGAUCCGCCGCAGCUCACAAACGUGCCGGCAAACAUUUCACUGUCGACGUCAGCGCCGAUUGGCUACAACGUGUACACUGUCACGUCAUACGACCCCCCGGGCCCCGGAGGUGUUCAGGACCAGGUCUGGUACUAUAUCAGCUGUAGCCCGUCAACCUGUCCGUUCACAAUUCUCGCUUCGGGUCACCUGGAGCUAAACGCUGGGAUUGAGGAGCUGAGUCUGGUCGGUUAUGACGUCAACAUCACCGUAUGUGACCACAGAAACUGUGGACUGUCCCGGAUACUCACGGUCACCAUUGUCGAUAUCAACGACAUUCCGAUGAUCACAAAUCUAAAUCAAGCGUUUAACGUGCCGGAAAACUCUAACGUCGGAACGACGGUGGUGACCGCAGCGUGUACCGACUUUGACGUUCCAGACGAUACGAUAACGUUCAGUAUGACGUGCUCUCCAGCCGGUGGUACCUCUCUAUUCAGUAUAAACGUUGCAAGUGGUGUAAUCUUUGUGAAUUCUGAAAUCAGCCACGAGGCUCUGGGAAUACCAACGUUCUCUUGUUCUGUGACAUGUUCAGAUGGUCAGGCUAUGGACACGGCUUCGCUGGAUCUCGUGGUUACUGACAUAAACGAGCAGCCGAAAUUUUCCCAAUACGCAUACAGCGUAACAAAGGACGAGGGUCCGAAAGACACACCGCUGUUGAGUGCCCCAAAUGUUAAUGACCCUGAUACAGUAGAGUCAUUGACCUUCACAUUGGACUGCGGAGCACACACCGGCUAUUUUUCUAUCGACGGUAACACGGGUGCACUAAGCUACGCCUCCGACUACGACGUAGACCCGGCAGGUGGCCGUCCGCAAAAUGUGAUGUGUGAACUCAAGGUCACAGACAAGGGCGGGCUGACGGACACCGCCACCAUUGAUAUCACAAUAAAAAAUAUCAACGACAAUGCUCCUGUUUUUCAACCUGCCUCCUACACAUACUUUGCCGACUGGAAUUCACCAGCAUCAACCCAGUUUCUCACGCCCAACGAAGCAGUGUCUGCAACCGACGGCGACCUCGGUGAUUACGGAAAGGUCACGUACAGAUUGGAUCAGGCGGCGCUUGGCGGUGAGUAUUUCGGUAUCUCCCAGACCGGAAGUCUGUACGUGAUCAGCUCCCUUCAACCCCUUGGUUACGGCGCCACAGUGGAUUUCGAGAUCAUUGCUACAGAUGGCGGAGGCACAGAGAGACGCGCACCUGUGAGCGUUGUCAUCAUGACAAGCACCACCCAGGCAACGACAACAACAACAGACAGGUACCGGACGUUUUUCGAGGACAGCCGGAAUCUGGUCUGGUUUGUUGUGGCCAUUAUACUGGUCAUAUGCGUCGCUGUGGCCAUCACAUACAUGAUAUGCACGUAUUGCCUUCGUUCCCCGCCAUCGCUCACCAAGCUCGCCUGCAGAUGCUGA